CUCCGCUGAACACACUACAAGCGGCAGAAGAACAGAUGUGUCACGUGACUUCCGCUUGAGGCCUCACGCUGUGUGUCUGUGAGAUUGUAAAUCGAUGAGCAAACUUUGGGUUUAAAGCUGCACUUCAGCGUCGUGAUGGCGUCUGGAUCACCGUGUGUGAACAGCAGAUGGGAUCGUCCUACAGCAGACAGCGGCUCUGUCUCUUCUCCCACAGAUGCGUCUGCAGCUCCGCGGGGGGGUGUGGAGAUGGCGGCGGCGAUGGCGGCCAAAAUAAACGCCAUGCUGAUGGCCAAAGGCAAACUGAAACCACUGCAGCCGCUGCCCAGUAAAGCGCCUCCAGCACUUCCUGUCUCCGCUGAUGAGCUCAUCGUGGCUGAAGUCGACAUAAACGACGUGCCGAUGGAGUGCAGGGAUCUGCUGACCAAAGGCAAAACUCAGGACGAGAUCGGGCAGCUGAGCGGCGCAGUGGUGUCCACUAAAGGCCUUUACAUGAGCGACACGGACAGCAGCGCAGGAGCGGCUAGACCGCUGUAUCUUCAUGUUCAGGGCCGCCGUCAGGAGCAAGUCAACAAGGCAGUGGCCAGGAUAAAGGAGAUCAUCUCUGAGGACGUCCUGCGCUCGUCGGGUGGACAGCAGCCCGCUGUGAUGCCCACUGUCCCGGUGUACCGUCAGACCGUCCCGUCUGCUGCCCGCGCUCCCGCCGUCCCUGGACACAAACCGGCCCCGCCGCACACCGGGAGUUUUGUGCACACUAAGAUAUUUGUAGGCCUGGAGCAGUCGCAGGCGUCCUGUAACGUGAGAGAGCGUGUGGAGGGACCGUCCGGCUCGUACCUGCAGCACAUUCAGUCAGAGACCGGCGCUCGUGUGUUCCUGCGAGGCCGAGGCUCCGGAUACAUCGAGCAGGCGUCCCGCCGCGAGUCCUUCGAGCCGCUCUAUCUGUACAUCAGCCACCCGAACGCUGCAGGACUGGACGCGGCCAAGAAGCUGUGCGAGAGUCUCCUGGACACGGUGCGGGCGGAUCACUCGAGGAUGGUGUCAUCGUAUCCCUCCACAGCUCCUGCUCCAGGUGUGUGUUCUUCUGCUCCAGGUGUGUGUUGUUCUGCUCCAGGUGUGUGUUGUUCUGCUCCAGUUUACCCCACACACGGAUACUCUGCAAAUCACAGCUACGGCGGUCAGUCGUGGUACGGUUACCCGAGCUCCUAUUCCACGUACCCCGGUGCCUUCUGGAGCAGCUCCAGCCAAUCACAGCCCAGCAGCGGCGCGGUGCAGUAUCCUGUGUGCAACCAGAGCAGCUUCCUGCUGCAGGGGGAGGAUGCAGCGCCAGAUGGAGCAGACAGCGGCUCCAGUCCAAAGCAACACUAUGCAGAAGAGGAACAGGAAGCACAGAUCUCCACAGAUGUUUUGGAGAAGGAUGUCAGUGCAGCAGAUGACAGCAGGACAUUGAUGCCACCGCCAGCAGCUCCAGUGAGGAAGAGACCGAGAGAAGAGACCUGCAGCAAACCCCUCACACACACAGAUGAAGAGCAGCUGAUGAUGAAGAUGAUGAAGACUGCAGAAGCUCCCAGCAGCUCCUCUGGACUCGUUCCUUACGGAGGAGAUUCCUCAGACGAGGAGGAGGAGCGCAUGCGCAGCGGGAAUAAGAGCUAAGGCUCUGAACACAGGACUGCAGCAGCACAGACUUUUUAUUUGAUUAAGUUUUAUUUUACACAGGACUGAUGUGCAACUGUUCCUAUGGAAUAAAGAGAUAAACAC